UUCCUCUCCCCGCUGUCUCUCUCUCUCUCAACUCAACUCAUCUUAUGGUUAGUGUGAUUUGUGCAAGCACAUGAAGAAGUUUAAAAUAUGUGUUUGUGUUUUUUGCCGUCAACACUUUUUUUAUCAUUUGUGACAAAAGUUUUAUUCUUGUUAACUUUAUCAUGUUUCGUUGUGAUCGGUCAAGCAACUUUUGAUGAUUCCUCAAUUUACUUUGAUUGUGUUAAAAAAUGUGAAUUCAAGAGCUUUAAUGAUUCAAUUGACGAAGUCGCAAAGUGUCAAUUAGGAUGCCAAAAAUCUCGAGCUUUUAAGGACAUUUCAUGUCCAACUCUUUGUAACAAUACAGCGAAAUCAUCUGCCAAUCAAAUUCAGGUCGCUGCGUGUUUCCGAGGAUGUCGGUCAUUUCGUCAGUCCCUUUGCAGUGAACUUGCCGAAAAACUUGACCCUUUGCCUCAACCACAUCCAGUAGCCAAUAGCAUUGGCAAUCAAUCUUUACUCUUGGAAUGGCAUUCUCAUCCUCAAAUCAAUCUCAACUAUACAAUUCAAUAUCGAUAUGAAGAUUACAUGGAAAACAAUACUUGGUUUGAUUAUAUUGAAACCAAAGACACUUUUAGACGGAUCAACACGAGUUUCAUUGAAAAUCUCAAGCCAUUCACAGGCUAUCGAUUCCGUCUGAUUUACCAACCAGCUCCUGAUUGUCCUCCUUUACAUUCAAUGCCCAGUUUAGUAUUGCGGACUUUACCAUGGGGCAGACCAAGUUUACCACCUGAGAUAACCAAAUUAGAAGCAGCGACACCGAAUGAAAUUUUCGUCUCUUGGAAAGCAACACAGUUUCCUAAUGAUCACAUUAUCGCUUAUGUUUUGUAUUUAUACGAAUAUGCAGGCGAUGAGAAAAGAUUGCGUCCCAUUUCGACUUCAUCAUCAAGUUCAUUAUCAACUUCAUCACCUCAAAUACCUUAUUCAGCCAAUUUAGCCUUGAAGUAUCAAUACAACCAAAGUACUCCAUUGCAAUACACUUUUAAUGGCCUUAAAGCUUCGACACUGUACACCAUUGGUCUUUCAAGUAUCAACUCUCAAGGCGAAGGACCACUCACCUUGUUAAACAUAACUACUCCGUUCUUCAAUGAAACUGAAGGCCUUACCGACCUCACUGUGCCACCCUAUCUUCUAGUUACUUCGGCAAGAUCAGUUUUUAACUACACAACUGAUCUCAUGGAUGGUUCAUCUUUAUUUGAGUUGGACCCAAAUGACAAUGUAACCAUAACCUCAAUCGAUAUUCAUAUUAAACGAAAAUUAGUUCUCAUUGCUUCAUCCAAUGGUACAAUUUGGCAGAUUGAUUAUCAUGCUGAUAGCCUGGUUGACUCCAAACCCAAAGUUUCAAUGUUACCAUUGCCCAUCCCUGGACAAAGCUGGCCAAGCUCCAUCCAUAAAAUUGCCAUUGAUUGGGUUCAUGAUAUUGUUUACAUGUUAUUUGAUUCUUCCAUUGGUUGUUUCAACUUGAACCAUUUGCCUGAUUCAUUCAGUUGGUGUCUCACCGGGUUAACCAAUGGAACUAGAGAUUUACACGUUGAUCCAAUCAAUAGAUAUCUUUAUUGGUCAAUCUCUAAUCCUUUGGGUGGAAGUGGCCUUUACCGAAUCUCUCUCUUUAAUUUAGCCAUAACUAAAUCAGUUGUCAAUGUUAAACGGGAGAUAAUCCGUUUCCUUAGAGAACCCUUAAUCAAAGUAUUCACUAUUGAUUAUUCAAGAAAACGAAUCUAUUUUCCUCACAAUGAAACAAUCUGGUCUUCAUCAAUGGACGGUACUAAUGUUACCAAUAUAAGACCAAAUGUGGUUUCUUCAAGAUUUAAAGAUGUUGCUGGUUUGGUUCAUCAUGAUGAUGCUUUUUACUGGAUUUCAGGAACUGAAUUGUGUAAGGAAGAGGCUAAUCCAGAGGGCGAAGAGAUUUAUCACAACUCUUUUAAUCUUGACGAGAAACUAAUCUCUUUGGUUCUGGUGCAUCCAACUGUACAGCCCACUCCACCAACUUACUCAUCUGCCGAUCAUGGCAUCUUGAUUAUUCAACCAUCGGCCACAGCUGACCUGAAAACUCUUUGCUGGACUAUUCUUGGAUCACUCAUUUUCUUUGUUAUUUUAUUAUUUGCUGCCAAAAAAGUCAUGAAAUCCCAAACCAACGAAAAAGAAGUUUUGAAAGAUUCUGAACGAGGCCAUGAAAGGAAUCUCAUAAGCUUAGCUCAACUUCCAAAUCAUCCACAUGAAGAUAAUCGCCUCUAUUUACCAGGAGAUAUUGGAAUUGAGAAUGAGUUAUCAUCCAUAAGAUUGAUAUCGCCAACUCAGUUCAAGAAAACUGCCUAUUUGGGUCAAGGAGCCUUUGGUGAAGUAUUUGAAGGUUUAUUCACCGACCCUGAGCUGGUUGAAAGUCUAGAUGCUCCUGUUAAGGUAGCAAUCAAGACUCUGAAAUCAGGAUCAUCAGAACAGGAAAAAGACAAUUUCAUCCAAGAGGCUAAAAUGAUGGGCAACUUCAAACAUCCUCAUAUUUUGAAACUUCUGGGAGUCUGUCUCGAUCCAGGAAACAAUUCAAUUUUACUAGAACUCAUGGAAGGAGGGGAUCUUCAGUCAUACCUUCGAUCGAUGAGACCCACAGAGAAGAGGCCGUGUCAAUUGACUUUGGACGAUCUUCUCAGUAUUUGUGUCGAUGUGGCUAAAGGUUGCCAAUAUCUAGAGGCUAUGCACUUUGUUCAUCGAGAUUUAGCUGCUCGUAAUUGCCUUGUAUCAAGUUAUAAUCGAGAGACUCGAAUAGUUAAAAUUGGAGAUUUCGGUCUUGCUCGUGAUGUUUAUAAAAAUGAUUACUAUCGUAAAGCUGGUGAAGGUUUACUUCCAGUUCGUUGGAUGGCUCCUGAAAGUUUAGUUGAUGCUAUUUUCACCACACAAUCAGAUGUCUGGUCAUUUGGUGUUAUCCUGUGGGAAGUUAUGACUUUAGCUGAACGACCUUAUCCAGCUCGGAAUAACCAAGAAGUAUUGAAAUACGUUAGAAGUGGAGGUCGCCCUGAAAGGCCACCAAAUUGUAUCGAUGAAAUGUUCCUUUUGAUGAAUCAGUGUUGGGAAUAUGAUCCAUCCAUGAGACCAACAUUCAUGGCAUGUCUUAAUUACCUGGAAGAGUUAAGACUCAAAGUUACCUCGGAUGGUAUUAUAACCAGUUUCUCGAACCACAGUUACUACACAAACGGUGCUUCUUCCGAGUUACGAUUUUUCACUGGUGGCAACAGUAACCUCAAUAGUACCUUCAACAGCACCAUGGACACAGCAACAACUUAUUGUGCUUCUUCUCGGGCUGAAAGUAUACAUUCAAAGUAUCUCAACAUAUCAGUUGAUCAUGAAGGAUACGAGAUUCCAAUAUUAGGAUGUUCUGGUGCAUGUGGCAUGGAUCAUCAAACAGACCAACAUUGUGAAUCUCAGCCGAGAAACUCAGGUUCUCACCAACAUCGACAAAUGUUUGCUUCUCUGAUGGGCUCACAACGAAAGAGUGGACCCAAAUGUUCUAAAUCCAUGAAUGGAUCACCACCACCAACCUAUUCACAGUUGUUUUUGAGCUCAUCAGCAGCGUCUGCAUGGACUGACAACGGUUCGCCUGAAAAUCAAUCAGAAGUCAAUUCAUUAACAGAUCAAUCCAAUUCUGAAACGAAUCAUCAAAAUCACUCACAAACUGGAAGCUCGGAAAGCUUAGAUGAAGUACCAGAAGUUACAUCAGUGACGACUGCGUUACUCAAACCAAUCGAAGUGAAUGAUCUGAUGAAUCAACCUCCAAUACAAAUUUAUCGCAAUUUGAGUGACUUAAUGUAUGUGAAUGACAUCGCUUCAUUGCUUGAACCCAUAUCAUUGCCAUUGACACUAUCACUGCCAUCACCAUCAAGAUCUGAGUUCACAACCAAUUCAUGUUCAAAAUCAAAUUGUGAUCAACAAACCUUCAAAAAUCAGCAUAUUGAUGUUGAUAAUACAACGUUUACGAAUCUCUAUACAAAUUGGAGUCCAUUAAGUAUGAAGGAAGCUUGUUCAGAAUUCUUGGAAUCAGCCUCAAACUCUGAAUCCAUCCAAGAAGCUGCUUCUUUCAGUCAAAUGAUACCAUCUUCGUCUUCACCUUUACCACUACAGAACGAGUCAAAAGAUUCAAGUCAUGAUCAAGAAGAGGAAUCAACAAGUCAUACUGUAGUCAACAAGUUUUCAUUUGACGAUUCAGAUACAGCAUUUUGUUAAUUCAUCUCGACGUCAAUCCAUUCAAACACCAAAAAGUUUUCAUUUUUUAUUAAUUGUUAUAUAAAUUAAAUUAGAUCAAAGCAUCUUGUAUAUAAGGAAUUUUUUAUAUGUCAAACUUUAUUCAAUAACGAAAGCUCAACCAAUGUAAAUCGGCAUCAAAUCAAACUCACUUUCAUAUUUUUAUUUAUCUUUUAAAUUUUUUAAUAAAAUAAACACUUUAUUUUACUGACUCA